UGAGUGAAAAAUAAAUAUAACACAAGAGUUAAAUUAAAAUGGAGAUGCAGUUUGAAGAAACAAUAUGGGAACCAACAAGUCCAAGUUCACAAUAUUUGAAUAGCUCCACUUUGUCUUUAUCUAUUAUUUGUGUAUUGGAAACAAAAGUUCCAAUUGAAAUUGAAGAUUCAAGAGUUUUCACCUUACUCAAAGAUGUAUAUUUGCCUAUAAAUCCAAGAUUUUCCUCAAUCAUGGUCACGGAAAAGGAUGGUGAAAGGAAAUGGAAGCGAGUUGAAGUGAACAUUGAAGAUCACGUAAAAACCCUAGAAUUUCCAGGUGGACAACCACUUAGUUUCUAUGAUGAGUACUUUUCCAACUACCUAUCGAAAUUGGCAUCUGAUCCCUUCAUUGAAAAUCGACCAAUGUGGGAACUUCACCUACUGAAAUUCCAAACAAGCAAAGCAGCUGGAAAUGUGAUUUUCAGGCUUCACCAUUCACUAGGAGAUGGAUAUUCACUAAUGGGAGCACUCCUUUCGUGUCUACAAAGAGCCGAUAAUCCAUCGCUUCCUUUAACAUUUCCAUCACGCAAAAGGUCAGGGGCAAACUCAGAAUUUCAAGAUGAUAGGUAUACUAUCCUGAAUACGUCUAUCCAGGAUAGAGCAGUUAAUAUUGUCAAACGUGUGCCACGUGCUUUAAUGACAAUGGUGAGUACACUUCAAGAUUUUGGAAGGAGUGUUUUGAAGAGCACGUUGAUCGAGGAUGAUCGGACGCCAAUUAGGUCCGGCCAUGACGGGGUAGAAUUCCAGCCAAUUGAGAUCGUUACAACGACGUUUUCCUUGGAUAGCAUCAAACAAAUCAAGGACAAACUCAAUGUGACGCUAAAUGAUGUAAUUACUGGGGUAGUAAUUUAUGGAACAAGACUAUACAUGCAAGGAGUUAACAAAGAAACCAGCAAUGGAAAAUGCACUGCACUAGUUUUAUUCAACACUAGGGCUAUUGGAGGUUACAAAUCAGUGAGUGACAUGGUGAAGCCAAAUUCAGAAAUGCCAUGGGGAAAUCACUUCACUUUCUUGCCUGUUCCAUUGCCACAAUUAACUUCAAAUGACUCAAUGGAUCCUCUUGGAUUUGUUGUAAAAGCAAGAAGUAUCAUUAAGAGACAAAGGAAUUCUGCUUCUGUUUUUCUUACUAGUAGGUUGCUUGAAAUCUUGAGGAAAGUUGAAGGUCCUGAGGCAACAGCUAAAUAUAUUCAUGCAACUUUGAAGCAUACAAGUAUGGGAAUCACAAAUCUAAUCGGGCCAUUGGAAGAGAUGUCUUUGGCUAAUCACCCAAUAAAAGGACUCUACUUUGUUGUUGCUGGUGCUCCACAGAGUUUAUCAGUGACAAUGGUGAGUUAUGUGGAUAAACUUAGAGUUGCAAUUGUUGUGGAAAAAGACUUUAUUGAUCCAAACAAGUUGAAGUCAUGCAUUGAAUAUUCAUUUGAGACUAUCUUCAAUGCAGCAAUAAAAUCCUCAUCAAUUGUGAAGAUAUAAGAGAAAAGUAUUUUUUUUCUGGCUAAUGAAGGUCACAAAUACGAAGAAAAUAAUUUAGUAGCAUGGAAAGAUGCUACUAAUGAAAUGAUUUUUGUUUUGCUUCUAAAUAAUUUUCAGUAGUUUAUUCACUAAUUUUUUGGUGUACCAAAAAAAAUUAGAACAUGUGUGAUGCGCGAUAUACUUAUAUUUUUGUUGGUCAUUUUAAUUUAUGGACAAUUUAAA